AUGGGCUUGAUCCCUCAAGAACAAGAACAGAAAGAAGAAGAAGAAGAAGAAGAGAAGCCCACCAUGACGACCUUUGUAGACGACAAGACGCCCAUCUGCGUCCCCUUCAUCCUAGAGCACGUCAAGGCUCACCAGCAGUCCUCGUCCGACGGGCACCGGCCGUUCAUCAUCGGCCUCAACGGCAUCCAGGGAGCCGGCAAGACGACCCUGGUGACGGCCCUGUCCUCCGCGCUGGACAGGCAUGGCCUCCCGACGCUGGUAUGCAGCAUAGACGACUUCUACCUCCCGCACGCGGACCAGGUGGCGCUCGCGUCGUCGCACGCCGACAACGCCCUCGUCCAGCACCGCGGCGAGCCGGGCACGCACGACCUCGCCCUGGCGCGCCGGUGCCUCGACGCCGUCGUGGCCGGCCAGCCCACCCGGAUCCCCGUGUACGACAAGUCGGCCUUUGGGGGCGCGGGCGACCGCCUCCCCGAGUCCGAGUGGCGCCCCGUCAACCAGCACGGGCCCGUGCUGCGCGCCGUCAUCCUGGAAGGGUGGUGCGUCGGCUUCCGCGCCCUGAGCGACGCCGACGUCGAGUGCAGACGGUCGGCCCACCCGCGCGGCUCGCGCACGCUGGCCCGCCACAGCCUCGAGCACCUCCUCUUCGUGAAUGACUGUCUGAGGGCCUACGACGCCCUGACCGACCUAUUCGACGCCUUUGUCCACAUCGACGCCCGCGACCUGACAUACGUCUACGACUGGCGCGCGCAGCAGGAGGACCAUCUGCGCAGGGACAAGGGCGAUCCCAACGCCGGCAUGUCCCCCGAGCAGAUUGUCCGCUUCGUCGACGGCUACUUCCCCGCCUACGAACUCUACACUGACCAGGUGCGCGCGGGCGUGCUGCCGGGGAAGCCCGGGAGGCAGCUGAGGAUAGUGGUUGAUCAGGACAGAAGAGUUGCAGAGGUUCAUCGGAUAUAG